GCUCUCAGCUAUGGCGGAACCGGAGGAAGACGAUGACUACAUGGCGGACCUCUCUCGGUUUCUCCCUCCAGAAGCUUCCGGUCCUCUCCCGAAAAAGGUUUCGAAUAGUAAAGCCUCAAGUGUUGCGCAACCCUAUAAGAAAAAACCGAGAGCGCCAAAUUGGCAGGAGCAGCGUAAGAUUGAUAGGGAGAGAAAGCAGCAGGAGGAGGAUGAGAAAACCUUGGCGAAUAUUGAGGCGCCGAUUCCGCAGUCCAACGUAGGGUUCAAGCUUUUGAAGCAAAUGGGAUAUACACCGGGUACUGCACUAGGGAAGGAGGGGUCAGGCCGGGCCGAGCCGGUGAAGGUUGAUAUUCGGCGGUCGAGAGCUGGGAUUGGGAGGGAGGAUCCGAGUAAGGAGAAGAGGAAGAGAGAGGAGAGGAGGUGGGAGGAGGAAAAGAGGAAUGAGGAGAGCUUGAUGGAGGAGUUUGGGUCCAGGAAGAAGUCGCAGUGGCAGAUUCGGAGAGUUGUGGUUAAUUAUAACAAGGCCAAGGCGGUUUUGGAGCAGCUGGAGAAUAAGGAGGUUGUGUUGCCGGAUAAGAGUGAGGAGGAGGGAGAGGAUGGGGAAGAGGAGCUGAUUACGGAAGAGGAUUUACAAGAAAUAUUGAUGAAACUGAGAGAUGAACAUCAAUACUGCCUCUUCUGUGGAUGCCAGUAUGAAUCAAUGGAGGAACUAUUAUCCAGUUGUCCUGGAAUUGAUGAAGACGAUCACUGAAGUUAAAUCCUGAUGUGUGGACAUGUCCAGAAUUUAUUCUGUGUUUGACAGAGAAUACUAAGGAAGGGGUUAUGCAGCUCGAUUUAGACAUGGGGUGUACUUGCUUGGAAUGAAGGAAUUUUUGUGCUUGAUAUGCAACUGUGCGGGGCAAAAGCCAGUAGGAAGGCAGUGAAGUUGCUCACAGAGAACUUCCUUGAUUUUCUGCAGGCCUGAAGCUAGCCCCAACCUCAGAGGAAGCUGCUGGCAGUAACGGUCAAGUGUUUCUUCUCUACUUCUCCAAUUCUCCCAUGAGGGAUAGUGUACGCGAUGUGGAAUUCGUAUUGCAUAUACACCAGAGGGCAGUACCACGACACUGUCUACACCUAUCAAAUAGAGUAGUUAGUUGAGAGGCUGAAGCCGAAUGUAACUUAUGAAGUUGACUUCUGGCUCUGGCAUAGCCCUUAUUUCUUUUUCUUUUUUCUUUGGCAGUUUUAACAUUGAACUGCAAUAUAGUUUGAAAUGAAUUCAGAAUCUUUACUGUAAAGAGCUUUUUAGGUUACAAAGCUUAGAUGCUUUAAAAUCUGCAAGGACUAGGGUUUUCCCACUUUGCCCAUCACUUAGUGUAGGUCGGCGAUUUCAACUUUGUUAUUAAUGGCCGUAAUGCAAUUUCUGAAGUUCAGCUCUUUUUCUUUGCCUUCGCUUCUUAGCAUCUGUGGAGCACCGAUGGGUUAUUUAUCAGCUCCUAAAUGAAGCUCUUGUUUUACGUCAAA